AUGGAAAACGACUUGAAGGAAGAACUGAAUAGAAGAAUGAGAGCAGCAUGGGCAGCAUUCGCAGCCGUCAGGGAAUCUACGGACCAACUGACGGACCAAGAUCUUCGUGCCCAUCUGAAGCUACUUACUACCCACAGAGCCCUUGAGAGAUGUCUCCUGAAGUUUAACCGGCGCACACAACACCUUGCCGGUCUUCGUAGCUCCGAAUUAAGAGGAAUGUCCCGUCUUCGCGACCCAGCGGAAUAUGUAUCGAAAGCAAAACUUAGAUGGGCCGGUCACAUCAUGAGAAGAAUCGACGAUAGAAGGACUAAAAGAACGCUAGAGUGGAUCCCAAGGGGCGCUAAACGCCCCCGAGGGAGACCGCCAACGAGAUGGGGUGACGUGUACGCUGCACCAGCUGAGAGCUCAGCUGGAUAUGGCUCAAGGACCUCGUCAACGUCACUCGCGAAGCUUGAGAACAUCUUGGAUGACAAUGGCGAAGGAACAAAACGAGUGGAAGAGAUGCUGGGGCUCGCACGUCCAGUGAAGACGGGCCAUCUAAGUAUCUAA